GCUUGAACUUGAUGUUUUAUUUCCAGGUGUAGGAGCUUCAAGAAGAAUACGAAUUGUAAAUUUUUUUCAUUCUCAUUCUGUUUGUGUGUUUUCUGCUCAUUAGCAUAGCGAACAAUCGUUUCUUUUUUCCCUCCAACCGGUGUUUCACAAGUUCUAAGCCUUUGCCUCCAAUUUAUCGGGAAAUUCAAUUGCUCUCUUCCCUAUUGGGAAAUGCUCUGUUAUCAGUUGUGUUCCAUUUGACCCUUGAAUUUCUUGAGCAAGUCCGCUUACAAGCUUACUAAUUUAUCUCUCAAUUUUGUCAAAGUUUUGUUUAUGCCAUGUUUUUCAUCUUAUUCUGAUCGGCGAAGUAUUUUAACGCUUGGCUUACCUGGAUUGUGACUGCUGUGCUUGACUCUCUGUGACAAGCUUUCACCAGACCUUAAAGAUGAUGUCCAAACAGUCAGCCACUGGGAGUAGCGAUAGGAUUGAUAUUGAAGCAUCGCCCUGGGAUUUAGAUACAUAUGUUGGAAGAGUGAAAUACUUUGCAUGGGUAACAGAUCCAAGACUCUGUUUCCUACCUGACAAGCAGUAUGAAGAAGCUAAAGUUUUACGCAAUCUUUACAAAGAGGGCAAAGAACCUGCGGGAACAACCAAAGAAGAGGUAAUGAAUGCAAAACGACUCUACGAAAGUGCUUUCCACCCAGAUACUGGCGACAAACAGAAUGUUUUUGGGCGAAUGAGUUUCCAAAUGCCUGGUGGUAUGCUUGUGACGGGUGCUAUGUUGGCAUUUUACAAGUCAACCCCACAAGUAGUGUUCUGGCAAUGGGUAAAUCAAUCAUUCAAUGCUUAUGUCAACUACACAAACCGGAAUGCUAAAUCACCUCUGAGCACCAUUCAGUUAGCUACAGCGUACUCCUCUGCCACUCUCUCUGCUUGUCUUACUGCAAUCAAUUUGAAGAAGUUUUUAGCAAAAAAAUCAUCAAAUCCUAUCCUCCAGCGAUUUGUUCCAUUCUUUGCUGUGGCAGCUGCUAAUGCAGUUAAUAUUCCGCUCAUGCGACAAAAUGAAAUAAUAACUGGCGUUGAUGUGAGCGAUAAAAAUUCCAAUGUUGUUGGAUCGUCUCGAAUAGCUGCUGUGAAAGGAAUCAGCCUUGUUGUCUUGUCUAGGAUCAUCAUGUGCUCCCCUGGAAUGUUGAUUCUUCCGAUUUUUACCGAACGACUUGAAAGAAAUCCAUGGUUAAAAGCUCAAAAAUGGUUCAGUCCUGUUUUUCAGACUCUAGGAUGUGGAGUUUGUUUAAUUUUCAUGGUACCUUUAGCAUGUGCUCUCUUCCCUCAAAAUUGUUCCAUCAGUAUUAAUACUCUAAAAACAUUGGACUCAGCUGCCUACGAAGAGAUCAAGAAGAAUACCAAAGGCGAACUUCCAAGCAAAGUGUACUUCAACAAAGGUCUCUAAGAACCUAGUUAAGUUUUUCCCUAGAAUGAAAAUAGUUAGAAGCUAAUGAUCUAAUCAGUGUACUUUUUUUUAAUUUUUUUUCGUAUUUUUUAAAAGUUUUGUUGACUUCGCCUUUUUAAUUUCCCUCUUUAUUUUUAUUGAGUUUUUGUUUGUCUGCCUUCCAAGUUUGAAAAAUGGUCCCCCGUCAUACCUCUAAUUUAUAAGCAAUCCUUUUACAGCCUCUUCUUAUUGAAAAAAAUUGUGUGAAUGGUUUCUGUUCCUCUCAUUCAUUUCAUUCUCGUCCUGACACUAUCAAAACUUAUUUCCCUUUCAUUGAGACAAUGUCAACAUUCUGAAGUUUGGAACAUAGAUCAAAUGGCCAGGUUUCAUUUGUGAUCAAUAAAUUCAUAAGGUCCUUAUUCACGUAGGGAAAAAAAGGUAAAACAGAAAAAAAACUGCUCAACAUCAUUAAUCUUACAUUUAGCUGUUUGCUGUUUUUCGAGUGUUAAAAUUAAGUCCAUCUUCAACGUCCUUCCGUUGGUAGAAGGCCUUUUAUUAUUGAGCCUAUAUUUUAGGACUCGCUAUAAUAUUGUGUAGCUGGUGGUCAAGUGUAUUUCUGAUCUUAAUUUUACACUCAUGAUUCUGUUAUGAAUGCACCCUGAAGCUCAUUUUUGAAGCAAUUUAGUUCUAGCAAUAUUAGCUCUGGUGAAUUAUCUGUUUCUUACUCCCUCGUGAUAUUUUCUACACCCACCUGUCUCUCAAUAAUGAAUAUUAAUCUAUAUAAUAUGUAAGUUCUAAAUUUACAAUCUAUUUUCUCAGUUUUGUGGUUUGACUGAUUCUGUAUAACUUUUCUUUUUCUCACUCAAGCUGUUGUUUUUCCUAAAUCCAAAAAGACCUAAAGAAUCUACAAGACAGUUACUCAUUGUUAGUAUUGUUUGUUUGACGGUUCACAGCAUGCAUUUGUAUCCUUGAGGGGAUAUGUGUGGCCAUUGCAUUGCGCACCCGUGCAACCGUCACAUUUGAAAUGACCCUCUUUGCGAGUAAUCUCGCUCCUCCUAGAAAUCUGUUUCUUUCAAUCUGUAGUAACUAAAGUUAAGAGCAUUUCUUUCCAAUUUCUACACUUUUUUACCUACAGCUCUUUCGUUGUUUGAAACUAGUCAUUGAUGUUUUGUAAUUCUAAGUCUCAGCAUUGUCUUUGACAAUAAUUUUAAUUCUCUUCAAGACUUAUUUUCUUUUCGACCUGCAAAAUUAAAUUCUUUUUUCAUGAGGCAACUACUUAAGAAUUGCCGAAUAAUUUUGAAAGUUCUCAGGUAGAAUCACUGAAUCAAUCUUUUUAGAUGACUUUUGAGUUAGUUCUAAAUAAGUUUAUUUUUUAACUAGUCAGUAGUUCUCUAAGACGCUUUCUUUGUAGCAUCUCAAAUUCUUGAUAGUUCUACUGAACUUUUGAACAGGAAGGCUCAGUUUUCUCUUUAAUAUUUUCUAGGAUAAAGGUAGAUGUAAGUGAUUCAGGGCGUUAAAAAAAUUGAUUUAUGAUAAACAGCAGAAAAGAGUUUCCUAUUUCUAUGUUAUGAUCUGAGCUACAGAUAUAUAUUUUAUAAGCACCACGCGGAAAUAAUAACUUUUUUAGACAAGAUAAAAUACAAUCAUUCCAUUUUUUUAUUUUGUCCCAAAAAAUGUAUGAUUGGACCUUCAAUCAACCUAUUAAUUCCCCUCAUGAAAUCUCAGAAUUUUUAUAUUUUCCCCCGCAGUUCUUUUUCCCUUUCAGUAAUGUUUGAAUGGAUAGCAAGUUCCUUGGUUUUGUUUUUGCAUGGGUGACCAUGUUUUUUUUUUUGUUUUUUUUUUCGUUUUUACCAAGUCAUGCUUUUGACCAUUCCAGUUAUGAGGUUUUCAGAUAAUGGUUUUUUGGGGAUAUUUGGUUUAAUGGUAUCGAAUGAGAUGUAAAGAAUUUCCCCCUUAAAAUAUGUGAAAUUGAGAUUUGGGUUCAUGUAGGCGGCAGUUCAGAAAAUUUUACAGAAUAAUUAAUUAUACAAAAAUAUUGUUUAAAAAAUGGUAAUGAAGGGAUUGUGAAAUAACUUGAAAGUAGAAAUUUAUUACACUUUUAAUUAGUUAAGACGUAAAAAAUCGUAUAAUCUGCAAACAGGAUCACAGUAAAUGAAAAUCACUUGGUCAAACAUGAAAUCAACAAGAAAGUCAAUAAAAAGAUGUUCUAGGCACAAAUAAAAAAAAUGAGCGAAGUUAAAAUUAUUAUUUUUUCAAUUAAGAGAAAGGAAGUAAAGUAAUGAGUACCAGUGAUGAGUGGAGCGUUGUCAAAAACCAAUUCUGCUUUUAUGGUAUAUUUUUAAUGUUCAAAAUAAGCUUUUAGUCUGUAUAAUUACUUUUUAUUUCUUAAUUUUAUUUUUAGUAGUUCCAAGAACAUGCACGUUAUUCUUUAAGUACCUUUCAAUGCACUAAUUUGCCUGAAUUUUACCUCUUUUUUCCUGUUUCAAAAACCAAUUGUAAUUGAGGAGUUGAAUUUCAAAACGUUUUAAGCCUUUUCAUGUGAUGGCCGCUACCAUGUCCCAAGGUUAAGCGACCAUCUCCUUGAUUCAACAGCAAUCACUGGGCCAAACAAUGACAGGUUUCUCCUUAUGAACACAUAUAAAAUCAGAAAGAAUAAUUUUUUUCAAAAAAGGCCGCAAGGAGGAAGCAUUUAAGGUCUCCUUGGAUGAGGGAUGUUAUGAAUUUCAAUUUUUCAAUUUUGGUACCUGUACCAUUAACUUUAUUUUUUGUACCUUUGAUGAGCCCUGAUUGUUGUUAUCAUGAGCUAAAGAAGAAUCUGAAGUUACAAACUUCAAAAAAACUGUAAUUUUGUUAAUCAAUCUGGAUCAAUAAAUAACACUUGUUGGUUUUUAUAAA